AUGAACUCGACCCUGAAUGAGGGCGAGAGCUUCCUGCGCGACGAGGAUCAUGGUGUGCCUGAGGAUGCGAAUGGUCAAGAGUCAGGAGCGCAAGACGACCAUGAUGUGCCAGACAUAGUCCCGGCCGAACCACACGAGCCGGCGGAGGGCGCGUCUGAGACACUUGAUGCAGUGCUGGAGGAUGAGAAUGGAGAAAGUGGUCAAAUCGACGGAGAGAGUGCCUCAGAUGGGCCGGGAACAAAUGGGACGGACAAUAUCCCUCCCUUUGAUGAGGCGAGGAAUCUCCUGAGCAUUGACGACUCGGCUUCGAUUCCCGACGAUACACCCUCUGUACAAGACUCGAUGCUUUCCUCCCCUCGAAGUGAUGCGGGCUCAGUCCGCAGUCCCGGCCGCAGAGGCAGCCCCUCGACUAUCCACCGUCCCUUUGACAUUCGAUUUCAGUCUCGGCUUUCAAGCUCGCAACUCUCACCUCUGCGCUCGAGCUCACCCGCAUUUCUCAACGCCCAUUCCCGUCACGCCUCUGCUGCCAGUCAUGGACUGCACACUCCUUCCGAGCCGGACGACACCAUAAAUCCGUGGGACGUGAUCAGAUGGAGCAAGUUCAGAAAGAUCACGGGGCAAGCAUUCUCGGAGAUUGGGAAGAGAAAUUUUGGAAGCCCAAUUUGUCUGGCGGUGGCAGACCAGUUGGUGCUGGGGACAUCCAAGGGGAUUGUUCUCGUCUUUGAUCACCAUCAAAACCACAAAGCAAUCAUCGGAAGCGGCACGAAAGCCGCUGAGAGUGGCGCUGUAACGGCGCUUGCAAUAUCUGCUGACCAUACUACUAUCGCCGUUGGACAUGAAACAGGCCACAUCUUUACCUGGGAACUUGCCAGACCUUCUAGACCUUUUUUACACAUCCAGCCAAUUGAAGCCUCUCAGCCUCAAGCUCGAAAGGGUGACGGUCAUAUAUCAGACAGCGCCGUGCUGCACAUCGGGUUUCUAGGCUACCGGCACACUGCGCUCGUCUCCGCCGAUGAUAAAGGCAUGGCAUUCUCCCACCUAGCAACACGUGGAAUGGGAGCAGUUGGCCGCGUUGUCCGCACUACUCGAAUCCUUGGGCGGUACCCCGAGCUUGUCUCACGAUCAUCGAAGCCCUUGAAGAAAAGCUCUGUGCUGGCAUUUUCACCAUUGCCAUUGGGGAAUAUAGAGCAAAGGACCGAUAGUCUGGGUCUCGUGGCAAUGCUGACACCAUAUUUGCUUGUCAUUGUCUCAACUACACCCGUUGCACAGACCCAACAUAAAGCUGCUCGGCCCAAAGAGGUUGCAGCGCACAGUGCCAUGACCGCGGCAUUGGCAUGGUUUCCAGCCAUCAAGCUCAAGUCCCAAGACUCUGAAACUUCAAAGACCAAACUUGUUUAUGCCUGGUCUAAUAUCCUCACGGUCCUGGAAGUUCAUGGGACUCAGGGAGAUGACGAUACCGAAAAGAACAAACCUCCCGACCUGCAAUUCUUAGCUCGAAGCCGCUACCAAGCGGACGAAGCAAUUGUGGCUGUUCAGUGGUUAAAUAGGUCGGUGCUGGCCGUCUUGACCAUCACGCAGCAGCUUCUCAUCAUCGAGGAUCUUACCAUGCACGUAACAGAAGCCUUUGACCUGUUGAAGAAGAACAUCUAUCAUGCAGAUCUCUACUCGCAGCAGCUACGAGCCAUCAUUGAACAGCUUGAUGAAGAAGAUACAUCCAUGCACGGUGUGGUUGCAGAUGCGUUUCACAUGAGCUUCCGGGCAUAUAAAGGCAGGCUGUUCUUGCUUGGCUUCAAUGAUGUUUGGACUGGUGUCCUUACCAAUUGGGCUGAUCGAUUGUUAGCCAUGAUAAAUGUCGGUGAUUUCAUCGGUGCCAUCCGGCUUGCUACCAAAUAUUACCAAGGCGAAGGGGAAAGGGCAACCAUCGGCCUGCCCGAGGAAGACAAUGUUCGAGCAGGAGUCGUUAAGGAGAAGCUUGUCGAGAUGAUGAGCGCCUCCUUGAAGUACGCCUUUGGUAAGAACCAACAAGCUGGGAGUGAUCAGAUCGAAAAGCCACAGAUGGCCGAGCUUGCAGACGCUUGUAUCAAGGCAUGUCUUGUCAUGGAAGACGAGGACUUCCUUUUCGAAGAGGUGUUUUCUUGGUAUGAGGAGCACGAGCAGGGACAUCUGUUUGUGGAUGUCCUUGAACCAUACAUCCUCGAUCAAACCAUCUCCUCUGUGCCUCCGCCUGCUCUGAAGACUCUGAUCAACCACUUUGUACAAACACAUACUCCAUCGGUGCUGGAGGAGAUCAUCUGCAUGCUCGAUACUUCGACAAUGGAUAUUGAUCAAGUGACAACCCUAUGCAAGCAAUAUGCCCUAUAUGACGCUUACAUCUACGUCUGGACAAUGGCCCUCCAGGACUUUACGACACCCUUGAUACUGCUACUCGAGCUGGCAAACAAUGAGGACCCUCCGCGCCAGCGCCAGCAAGCUGUCAACAUGGUCGACAGGUACAAUAUUGCCCAGAAAAUCUUCCCCUACAUGUCCUUCAUCCUCACAGGUCGCGUGUAUCCCACCGGGAAUAUGCUAGGCGAAGAAGCCUCCGUGCUUGCCAAAGGUCAGGUCUACGACUACUUCUUUUCCGGGGGUCCAGGGGCAAAUGGCGUGGCUCAAAGGAGGAGCAAUUCCUUCUUGAACCCCACAGUCUCUUUUGAGAACCUGUCUCGGGUGCUCCAUUUCGACACCGCAAGUUUCAUUGCCGCUUUGAAUGAGGCGUUUGAAGACAGCUAUCUCAACCUGGGUGACGACGACGUGCUCAAUAGUCUCAGUCUAAAACAAGCAGCAGCAACUCGUACCUAUACCCGCCAAUACGUCGUUCGCAUAUUGCUGGAGGUAAUGUCAUCGGGUUUCGACUCUGAUGACACGAUUUAUCUGGACAUGUUCAUCGCACGCAACCUGGCCAAAUAUCCUCAAUACUUGGUGCUCUCGGGCACAGUCUUACAAGAGAUCUUUAUUCGAUUGUGUCAAUACCCGGAAGAUGAUAUGCAAGAAGAUGCCGAGUUGAGCAUCGAAUACCUCCUUUCCGUGUACCAGCCACCCAACGUCCUCGACUUUGUUCCAUUACUCCGAGAAGCCAGAUUCUACCGCGUGCUCAAGUCUGUCUUCAAGCAAGAACGUCAAUACGCUGAUAUGAUUUCGACUUUCUUGGUGGACAGUCAAGACCGAGUGGGCGUAUUUGCCUCGAUUGUCGAAUGUCUCCGCUUAGAAUCACCUCUAGCACAACGCCAGCGUCAAGAGGUCAGAGAUGUCAUACAGAAACACGCGCUUGACCUGAUCAACAUCGAUGUCCAAAGGUGUGCCUCUACCAUCGAUGAGGUGGCGCCGGACCUGCACCACGUUUUCCUGCAAACAAUGGCCGAUGAUCUCUCUGAACAGUUUGAGUAUCUGAGAACGCUUCUGGAACCCGAAGAACAUCUGAGCUCGCGUCGGAACUAUGACCAUGAGAUCAUGGAGCUUUAUGUUCGCCUCCUAUGUCAAUUCGACCCUUCACACGUGAGAGAUUAUGUGGAGAAUAUAAAGGAAGGAGAUAUCCGUCUCGCGGAGGUCCUUCCAACGAUCGAGGACAAUGGCAUCAUCGACGCUGUUGUGAUCCUGCAGGUUCGCCAGGGCCAGGUGAAGGAUGCGAUGGAUCGUUUGACACGACACUUGGCUCUCUUGGGCUCGACCCUGAAGAGCUUAAAGUCAGAUCUGGUUGACCAGGAAGAUGAUUCAUCCGUCAUCCACCCGGCCACGAAUGUUCUCGAGUCGCUAGAAAAGUACACCCGCGUGGGCAUCUGGUUGUGUCAGGGACAGAUGAAGAAUGCACCCAAGUCACUGGCGGUUGCCAAAUCACCGAGAAGAUCCGCCAGUGCGAACCGUGCGCUGUCUUUUCAAGAAAACCUCUGGCUUGAACUAAUUCUGAGUGUGGUGUCGAUCGCCCGCGAUGUCUCUAUCCAUGCUCCGGUGAGUGAACCGACACACCAAGACCCAACAGGUCUCGAAAUCACACAAGCCCUGCGCACAACUAUUCAGCAGGUCUUCACUGCACUCCUGACCAGUACUACGUCGAUGCGAGACGGUGCUUCCGGCCGAGAUAUGAUGUUCCUACGCAUUCUACGUGCAUUCCUCUCGCAUGCUGCCGAAGCGAGCCCGUCUUUGUCAGAACUGCGGAAUGUCAUCAGCUCCAUCUUUUCGGCCUAUGCCUAUGAGGAGUCACUUCUGGGUCUCUCGAACUCGAUGCUGGACAAGGAUGUGUUUGUACGCUUGGACGAAGUCGCUGGUCUUCGACAACGCGGUUGGAGGCCUCGAGGGCAGGUAUGCGAAGUGUGUCGACGACGCAUCUGGGGUCCCGGUGUCGGCGAAAGAGUUUGGGAGCAAUGGCAGAAAAGAGAAGAAGGCAGGCUCCUCCGCCGACGCCGCACCCAGGACAAUGAAUCCGUAGUCGAGGACGAUGAGACUCGAGGGAAGGGGAAAGCCACGGUCGGUGUUAGCUCGCAGGAGCCCUUGGAAUCUGAGGGUGGCGGUGCAGGCACUGAUCUGGCUGAGGAGCUCGGACCGAUUGUGGCGUUUUCAUGCCGCCAUCUGUACCACCAGAAAUGCUUGGGACAACCACGGAUGGAAGAUGGUGUUCCUCAACUCGUGUGUCCGGCCUGUGUAUAG